AUGAUGGUUGAGCGCACGUGGAUAGAGACCCUUGCUCGCAAGGUUGGUGAUGUCAUUAGAGAAGAUGGCACAAGAGCCAAGCAUGUGAGUGAAAAGAUGUCAAUCUCUGACCUUGUAACCGAGAGCGAUGUGAAGGUUGAGAAAAUGAUUCGGUCAGCCAUUAGCACGGCGUUCCCUGACCACAAGUUUUUCGGUGAGGAGACGACUCAUGAGGAGUUGACGGAUGACCCAACCUGGGUUGUGGAUCCUAUAGAUGGCACCUCAAAUUUUGUGCACACGUUCCCUCUGCAUAGCGUUUCUAUUGCUUAUUGCGAGAGGAAAGUCCCGGUCAUUGGAGUCAUCUAUGUGCCAUGCCGGGACGAAAUGUUUUCAGCUGAACGAGGGAAAGGCUCCUUCUUGAACGGAAAGCAGAUCAGUGUUACCAAGCGUCAAGUACUACAGGAAUGUAUUGUUUCUACAGGCUUCCAUGUCGGAUUUCUGAAGAAGCUGCGUACUCUUAAACAAACCAAAGGUGAAAAUGACGAAACUGUUAAGCGCCUAAGUCAACUAAGAAACGUGAUAUACCAAAAUACCGAAUGGCUCUUAGAGAACGCCCAAGACAUCCGGAGAACUGGCGCCUGCUCUGUCGACAUGUGUUAUGUCGCAUGCGGCAGGCUGGAUGCGUUCGCUGAAAUAGGACCUCAUGAAUGGGACUUCGCGGCCGGGAAAAUCAUUGUCGAAGAAGCUGGCGGAUUCAUUAAAGGUUUCGGGAGGGAUUUUGAUCUUGGCAAUAGGGAAGUUAUUGUCGCCAACACUAAUGAGAUAGCAGAGCUUCUUAGCAGCAACUUGCUGCCGAGUCCGCUUGAUAUCUCGGAAUUUUAG